CAUUAUUUCCGUAGCACGAAAAUGUAAAGAUCUGAGGGUCGUUAUGACUUGGCAAAUAUUCAGUUACUAACCUUGAACUGGACUGUAUAAUAUGUUCGGAAUCCGUUCACAAUUACCCCACGUGUUUUUUUCUAAAAAGAGUUUGAUAAAUUCUAAGAAAUCUAUAUUUAACCGUGUACAAGUAAAUUUCCAGGCUACCAAGUGCGGGCAAAAUACAUACCGCAAUUUCAAAAUGGCUGGUCUUGCUCCCACACGUGGUACAUUUGGUAGUGAUCAGGAUGCAACCGAUUACAUAGAAGAUGUCAGUCUCAGGAGACUUGACAUGUUCAAAUCAGAUUUAGACAAAUAUGACUGGCUGAUGCACCUAUUCGACACAAAUAAAACAAUGUUUUUCAAAUUGGUGUCAAAACACGUGGAUAGGAUGAUGCCUCUGAUCUACACUCCAACAGUAGGAUUAGCUUGUGAGAAUCUGGGAUUAGUGUAUAACAGUGGAAGGGGACUCUUCAUCACUAUUAAAGAUAAAGGCAAUAUAGUGAAUCUAUUGAAAAACUGGCCAAGUAAAGAUAUACGAGCUAUUUGUGUAACUGAUGGUGAACGUAUUCUUGGAUUAGGUGAUCAAGGUGCCUUUGGAAUGGGAAUACCAGUUGGUAAACUAGCACUGUACACUGGUCUGGCAGGAAUCCCUCCACAACACUUGCUACCAGUCUGUUUAGAUGUUGGAACAAACAACGAGAAACAUUUGAAUAAUCCAACUUAUUUUGGUUUAAAUCAUAAAAGAAUUACAGGCGAUGAAUAUGAUGAAUUCAUUGAUGAAUUUAUGAAGGCAUGUGUUGAUACAUUCGGUCAACAUGUCCUGAUACAAUUUGAAGAUUUUGCAAAUCAUAAUGCUUUUCGAUUAUUACAAAAAUAUGCACCCAUCUAUAGUACAUUUAACGACGAUAUCCAAGGUACAGCAUCUGUCGUAUUAGCUGCAUUGCUAGCCUCAUUAAAGUUAACUGGUCGUAAAUUGACAGAGGAGAGCAUUGUCUGUUAUGGUGCUGGGGAAGCAAAUCUUGGCUUUGCUCAUCUAGUUUGUUUAGCGUUGAAUAAAUGCUAUGGUUUAACAAUGGAAGAAGCACGUCAGCAUAUCUACCUGAUUGACAGUAAAGGUCUAAUUGUUGAAGGUCGUAAAUCUGGUGGUAUCAAUAGUCAUAAACUCCAGUUUGCUCGUCCAUCUGGAACACCGGAAUUAACAUCGCUAGCCGAAAUUAUCAAGUAUUCAAAGUGUACAUCGUUAAUUGGUGCUGCUGCUAUACCAAAAGUCUUUGAUGAGCAUAUUUUAAAUCUAAUGGCUGAAAUGAACGAGAAACCAGUUAUUAUGGCAUUGAGUAAUCCAACACUGAAAGCAGAGUGCACCGCUGAAGAAGCCUAUCUGUAUACACAUGGUAGAUGUGUAUUUGCCAGUGGUAGUCCAUUUCCAUCGCUUACUUUAACACCUGAACAAUAUCCUCAGUUGAAAGCUUCAAUAACGCGGUGUCCAGGACAAGCAAAUAAUUCGUAUAUAUUUCCAAGUGUUGCUUUAGCAAUAGUCAGUGGAAAAAUAUUUCCUGUAACUAAUGAAGAUUUUCUGAUUGCUGCUCAAACCCUUGCCAGUUUAGUAUCAGAAUCCGAUUAUGCUGUGGGACGUUUAUUCCCCCCGUUGACUGAUAUCAAACGUGUUUCUGCACAGAUGGCGGUACAAAUUGUCAAGAAUGCUAGUCAACAAGGUCGUUGUUAUGCUUUGAAUUCAAAUGAUUUAACAAUUGAAGAGUUAAUAUCAAAUUUCUCGUAUUAUCCACGGAUGAAUUAACUAUCUGUAUGCGUUCGUGUGUGUGUGUGUCUGUUGGAUUCAUUUAUUUCAUGUACGAUGUGACAAUUAUACACCUAUGAGAUAAUUUAAUAAUGAUCUUAGAGAAAAUUAACUAUACGAUACUUUCUUAUUGUUCAGCUUAUUUUCUUGAAAAUUUAAUUUCAUCUCAUGCAUUAAAUAUUUUUGAAAUAAAAAUGAUUUAUUUAAACACGAAA